CGCUAGUCGCCAUACGGGCGAGGAAAAAGCCCAAACCGGAAGCAGGAAACGUCGUCAACGUCAACGUGCGAAAUUCAAACUUCUGGAACAAAACAUCCUCGUUUGAGGGUUUUUACAUACAUGGUUGUCAACUGACUUACCGGUCUUCGUCGGUUUUUCGGGAAAACAGAACCGUGUGUGCUCUGGCAGGAGGGUUUGUCGUCGGGUGGCUGGUGGACGGAGAAUGCCUGUGGAAAGAACGGAGCACCGCGGAGCCGCAGAGCUCCACAAAUAUUAUGAGCUCUACGAGACCAUCGGCUCAGGUGGCUUUGCUAAAGUCAAGCUGGGUCGACACCUAUUGACGGGAGAGAAGGUUGCCAUUAAAAUCAUGAAUAAGAAGGAUCUUGGGGAUGAUUUGCCUCGUGUAAAGGUAGAGAUUGAGGCCAUGAAAAAUUUGAGCCAUCAACACAUCUGCCGACUGUACCAUGUCAUAGAGACCUCCACGCAGAUAUUCAUGGUGCUUGAGUAUUGCCCUGGUGGGGAGUUGUUCGAUUAUAUUAUUGCAAAAGACCGACUCUCAGAGCAAGAAACCAGGGUUUUUUUCAGGCAGAUAGUGUCUGCAAUGGCCUACGUCCACAGCCAAGGAUAUGCACACAGGGACCUAAAACCGGAAAACUUAUUGAUUGACGAGGACCACAACUUGAAGCUUAUAGACUUCGGCUUAUGUGCCAAACCUAAGGGAGGGUUGAGUUAUGAACUGAUGACGUGCUGUGGGAGCCCUGCGUAUGCCGCUCCUGAGCUCAUCCAGGGAAAAUCAUACAUUGGUUCAGAGGCUGACGUGUGGAGUAUGGGAGUGUUGCUGUUCGCUCUGCUCUGUGGAUACCUGCCCUUUGAUGAUGACAACUGCAUGAUCCUCUACAAGAAGAUUACAAGAGGGAGAUAUGAUAACCCACGAUGGCUUUCUACAGGUAGUGUCCUCCUUCUCAACCAGAUGAUGCAGGUGGAACCCAAGCGGCGUGUGACUGUCAGACAGCUGUUGGACCAUCCCUGGGUGAUGAAGGACUACAACAGCCCUGUGGAGUGGUACAGCAGGCAGCCGAUUGGCCACAUUGAUGAAGACUGCAUCACUGAAAUGGCAGUCAACAUGAAGAGGUCGAGGGAGAGCACCACGGCACUGGUGAAGGAGUGGAGGUACGACCAGACCACCGUCACCUACCUGCUGCUGCUGUCAAAGAAGCAGAGGGGGAAACCUGUUCGUCUGCGCCCUGAACCCCCCCUCUGCGAGGUCUCUCCUCUGCACCAGGGACUGCAGACCAGAGAAGCCCUCCACUUCAGUGAGGAUGAAGACGCUGUGAUUGUUGGUUCUUUGGACUUUUGCUCAGAAUACAUCGACGACUGCCCUUGGGUGUCAGUCCAACAGCACACGCCACAGCGAGUGAGGGGUCGGCCGGACGGGAGAGCAAACAAAGACGCUUGGGUGAUGUCUCCACCAGUGGAGAAACGAUAUGGUCAGAGCCCGAUGGAAGAGAGGGGGAGGAGGACGACGCCCCAGCGCCAGGAGAAGAGGGAGAAAGACCACGAACACACCAGUGAGAACAAGGAGAACAGUGCCGGCGAGAAAAGAGACGAUCAUUUUGUACAUCCGCCCCCCCGCACCCCCAUGCCCAAUAAGAAAAACGCCAACCCCAACAAGAAUGUGCUGACCACACCCAAUCAAAACAUCUGCGUUGCCAAAUCCAACACGGGCAACCCAAAAGGUGUUGACAGUGGAUCUAAGGAACACAACAAGAAGAGAGCAGCAGAGAGCAAGGACCCUGAACACUUUGAAAUACUGGCCUUCAGUCCAGAGCGAAGGUCCAGGUCGCUAGACAUGGCUGUCACGGGGGACAGUGGGAAGAAAAAGAGAGGAGGGAAGGUGUUUGGUUCCCUGGAGAGAGGCCUGGAUAAGAUGAUCAACAUGCUCACCCCGAGCAAGAAACGAGCCCUCCGCGAUGGCCCGCGCAAGAUUAAGGCUCAGUAUAACGUGACUCUGACUAGUCAGACCAAUCCAGACCAGGUCCUGAACCAGAUCCUGUCAAUCCUGCCGGAGAAAAACGUUGACUUCACUCAGAAAGGAUACACCCUGAAGUGUCAGACCUGGGACGACUUUGGGAAGGUUACCAUGGCGUUUGAGCUGGAGGUGUGCCUCCUGCAGAGGCCAGAGGUGGUGGGAGUCCGCCGCCAGAGGCUGAAGGGAGACGCCUGGGUCUACAAGCACCUGGUGGAGGACAUCCUGUCCACGUCCAGCAUCUGAGCACUCGCGCCUUCCCCAAAACCCAUCUCCUGUGUCCAACACGACCGUGCUUUCAUUUGCGAUCCUGAAACCGACCAUGAGGAUGU